AUGAUGAACCUCGUCUGCGUCGGGGCAUGUUACCUCGACACCAUCAUAAGGCAAGCUCUCCCCCCCCCCCCGAACCCCCGUCGCGUGCCUCACUAUCCCGAGGAGGACUCGAAAUUACGUGCCACGAGACUACAGGUUCGUCGCGGGGGCAACUGCCCGAACACACUCGAGGUGCUCCAGCAGCUGCUGCAGCUGCGACGAGAACAGGAUGGACGUGGUGUGGUCAGGCCUUACCUGGUCUCGUGCUUACCUUCACCGGAGUCCCCAGCCGUGACCAGGAUCAUCGAUUCGUUUGGCGCCGACACCGCCGUGGACCUCUCACGAUGCAUCUACCGUCUGGGGAGCACGGAGCCGGCCAGCUGCUACGUCCUGCGUAGCGAGGCCAGCGGCAGCCGCACGCUCGUCAACCACAGCGACCUACCGAAAAUGACGACCGAUGAGUUCGCCACGGCUGUCGAUGGCCUGGGCGACGAUGACACCUGGUUCCACUUUGAGGGACGGAUCCCAGAGACGACGUUGCAGUGUAUCCAGUCGCUGAGGCGGUCAAACUCGAGGGUGCGAGGGGUGAGCGUCGAGAUCGAGAAACCGGGCCGAGACGGUCUGGAGGACCUGGCGGCUGAGGCGGACGUCGUGUUCUACUCGCGCAGCUGGGCUGAAAGCAAGCACUACGAGACUGCCCAGCAGUGUGUGCGUGCCCAAUCGGGCUUGGCCCGGCGAGCGUCCCAUCUCCUGUGUACGUGGGGAUCGGAAGGGGCGGCGUGUCUGUUCGUCCCCAGCGGGAACACCGUGUCUUGCCCGGCGACGCAUCCAGGCCAGGCGACUCGCGUAGUUGACACGGUAGGAGCAGGUGACACAUUCGUUGCCGGGAUGCUAUUCGGGUUGUUGUGCCACGGGGAGGACUGGGACGUCGAGACGAAAGUUAGGUUUGCCGUGCAGCUGGCGACCUGCAAGGUGCAACGAGAGGGAUUUGACGGCGUGGGAGCCGAUGUGCUCAGCUGUUUCGAUGUGGCGUCUGCUACGCAACGAUAG